GCUGGAACAUUGAAAAGAUGAAUGAUUUCUUUCCAAUAGAACAGUUUGACAAAGUCUAUCUAGUAGAUUUAUGUACACCGUUAUGUAAAAUAGCAGAAGCUAGAUUUAACGCUAAGGGAUGGAGUAAUGUUUAUGUGGUUUGUGAUGAUGCAGCUUCAUUUAAACUACCAAAAAUAGAAAACGAUAUUGGAAAAAUUGAUUUGGUGACAAUGUCUUAUUCUUUAUCAAUGAUUGAUAAAUUCUAUCCAGUAAUUGAUCGUAUUAAAACUCUGUUAUGCCCAAAUGGUUUGUUCGGGAUAUCAGAUUUCUACGUCUCUGGUCGCGUAAUUGAUAGUGAUAUACGAGUUCAACACGGAUAUUAUUGUAACUGGUUUACGCGAUG